AUGUCUUCUAUUGCUCCAUCCCGCUCCUUGCAGGCAACCGCCUUGACCUAUCUGGUUCUCUCGAUCGGACACACGGCCCAAGGCAGAGACUGGACGGCAGAGAAAUUGUUCAAGAACAUCAAAGGAUCGAGACCGUGGGCGUGUGGAACGGUGGGCUGGUUCCAGGAUCUCUCGCUGUAUCUGUACCUCACAGGCAUCCUGCAUUAUCAAUGGUCUCAUAACCCGGCAGCCCUGCAAGACCCAUUGACCAAGGCCAUCGCCGGCAUCUCGAGUGCCAUUCUUUGGGCCAGUUCGGUCUGGUACGCCAAGACGGGAGUCAAGGACAAUGCGGUGUUGGUGGGCCUCUCGGCCGCGUUGCAGACGUAUUCUGUCUUCUCGCAGUGA